UCUCUUUAGACCCAGCUGAUGCUGCACCCACUGCUGAAGACUACAAGGAAACAUGGCGAGCUCACUGCUGAGGAUGCUGGCUGCCAUUAUGUGUGCACUGGCCACUGCCAACGUUGUACCAGUUCAAGACUUUGAACUGGAGAAGAUGGCAGGCAAGUGGUACAUUGUCGCCAUGGCGUCCGAUGCUCAGUGGUUUGUGAACAACAAGGCAGAGAUGAAGAUGGGCACUGUUGUGUUGGCACCGACCGCUGAAGGAAACUUGAAUAUCUCUUUCGCCAACCGGAAGGCUGAUGGUAGCUGCUGGAGACAGAAUCACCUUGCCAAUAAAACUGACAGUCCGAGACACUUCGUCUUUCACAGCUCAGUUUGGAACAACGACAACGACAUGCACAUUGUAAAAGUGCAGUACGACGACUAUGCCCUCGUCUCCACCAAUAAGACACGAGAUGGAGUUUCUGUAACCCUCAGUGCGCUUUACAAGCGUAAUCAAGAGGUGAGUGAAGAGCUGCAGCAGGAGUUCAAAGAGUUCUCCCUGGAGAGAGAAGUGCAAGCUGACAACAUUGUCAUACUGCCUAAAUACGAUGAAUGUUCCGAAGCCUGAGGAGUCUCCUGCAACCUCCCCUCCUUCGUCUCUCACAGGCUUUCAUCUUCAUGAGCGUCGUUCUUUCCACCCCGCUGUGACGUCUGCAACAUCACAAAAGCUUCAGCUGUUCCUGCUGUGAUCAAAAAAGAGCAACCCGACCUUAUUCAGAGCUCAGUGUGAAAUCUGCUCGUCUUAAACGGCUAUUCUCUUUUGCUGCGGAUGUUUUGUCUGUUAUUGACAAUAAAACUAAUAAAACUA